GCAAGGGCUUGUUGAUAUGGAGGCUGUGGUCUUGGCUGUGAGCUACGAAAGACUUAGCUAUGAUGGGUUUCACCAGAUAGACGUGAUUGAUAUGGACACCAUUGACCAUGCGUCAAAUCUCAAACCGCGCAGUUUUCUAUUCACGUGAGGCCAAUAGAAUACCCUCAAGAUAUUAGACACACGCUUUCCCAUCUCCUCUUGUGCCCUGCAAUACAUCUUAGUCACUGUUGGGGCAAAUGAUUCAGACUUUGACAUGGACUGCUAGUCAAAGCAAGGCCACAUCAGGGUGGGUGGACUCGACUCAAGAGUUGCGUGAGGAGAUGGAGCAACGGAAGGGUGCGGGGCCGCGGAUGUCGAUGGAAAAACGGUGACCUUGAGCCAGUCUAAGCCAUUAUACAGGAGGUUGCUUGAUGGCGGAACAGAAGGAUUCAAGGGGAAUGCAAGGGUCAUUCUCCCUGGACUAUCACCCUGCGUGGACUGCACUCUCGACCUUUACCCUCCUCAAGUCAACUAUCCGUUGUGUACGAUAGCCUCGAAACCACGCCUCCCCGAGCACUGUGUUGAGUAUGUCAAUAUUCUACUUUGGACAAAAGAAAAACCUUUUGAGUACGGGGUAUCACUGGAUGGCGAUAAUCCAGAUCACAUGCAGUGGGUGUUUGAGAAGGCCCAGGGACGGGCAAGAGAGUAUGGGAUUCAGGGGGUCACCUACAGACUUGCCAAAGGUGUGGUGAAGCGGAUCAUACCAGCUGUAGCCUCGACUAAUGCAGUCAUUGCUGCUGUGUGUGCUACUGAAGUCUUCAAGCUGGCAACAAGUUGCAGCAAGCCGCUGCAGAACUUCAUGGUGUUCAACGACACAGACGGAGUCUACACCUACACCUUUGAGGCCGAGAGGAAGGAGGACUGUAUUUCCUGCUCCACUAAACCCAUCUCACUCACGUUCACCACCGACACCACGCUGCAGCAACUCUACGACUACCUCAAGGAGAACCAAAAAUUCUUGAUGAAGGCUCCAAGCAUUACUACAGUUAUUGAUGGCAAGAAUAAGACCCUUUACAUGCCAACCCUAGAUGCAGUUGAGAGGGCGACACGACCCAACCUCCAACAGAAACUAACUGAUCUAGGAGUGUUGGAUGGCCACCACAUCGUAGUGGCCGACGCCACUACACCCAAGCCAGUCGCCAUCAUAGUCAAAUUCGAACAAGAAAUGGAGCCUUGCGCCACCUAGGACACCAUCAAUAUUGUGUAUAUAUGUACAUAACACCAAUGGUUUUUCCCGUGUACUGCCAGCAAAAUUUCAACUGUGAACGUUGU